GUAGCUAGGCCUACUAAAAGAACCAAUUUUUCUUUUAAAAGAAAAACCAAUUUUGAACCCUAACUGCUACUCCUCUAUCCACCCGGUACUCAUUCCAUCAGUGGUCGCCGGCCACCAAGCAGAAACAUCGUCACCGUCGUAGGUUCAACCAUUCGGCGGCUCGGCUCCUCCCCGGCAUCUUCGGUCUUCUCUUUAAAUCCUUCCGGAGAGCGCAUCGAACGCAACUCUGAUUUCUCAGAGUGUAACUUGAAGAGCUGAAGUGGAGUUUGAAAGUAGCAAACUCAAGCAUGAAGGUCUUCCAAAUAGACGGAAACAACACUCUUUCUCUCGCCCUCUUCGCCGAAGUCGCCAACUCCAAGGAGCUUCUUGAUUCUAUGCAAGCCGGGAAUCUGGAGCUAGAAGUUGCCUUUAUGAAUGCAUUACUUAUCCCAGAUGUUUUCCCCGUUCUCGCUGCAGCACACAGGGCGCUUGUUUCGAAGUCUCGGGAUUCAUUGACAACACGGACUCUUCAUUCUGAGCUUGUCUACAAUUAUUCGGGAUCCAAGCAUAUUACAGAAUCCUUGAAACGAUGUGGUAUCUCAGACAGCUGUAAGUACGUCCUGGCAGCUCGCUUCAAUGCAACACCAGAAGAUAUGAAAAUGGCGGAGAAGCUUCUCAACGGUAAAGAGGUCAAGUUAGAGGAGUUGGAGAGCAGAGCAAAUCAAGCUCAAAUAUUGAAGCAUUUCAAAAUCUCUGGGAUGGAGCUAGGGAUUUCCUCGCUUGCUGAUGCCAUUACAUGCCGAAUAGCGUCCCGGGAUGCCUUGUGAGAGAAGAUAAGACAUGUUUGGAGUAGCUCCAGUUUUAAAGCUUGGCUCUGUGGACUAUAUGUAAAUGGUGUACUUUGUGCUGGUUGUAAGCUUAACCAAAGAAUGUGGUCAUUAUGUUUCGGGAUGUAGAAACAGUGGCGGACCCAGGAUCGUCGGAGAGGUGUGUCGCCGAUAAAAUGUAAUAAUAAAUAAAUUAAAUUAAA